UGCUGGUGUCUCAAACAGCUCUAGAGUCUAAGUCUUUGUCCAAAGCUAUAUAUAGAAGCCCAUAAUGGUCUUCCACUUCAACCAAAAAUCGAAAAUCUCAUAACAGCCUAGCCUUGUUUUAUAAGCCUAAGGACCAAAAUGAGUGUGGAGGUAUUGGAUGGUGCCACCAUUGUCAACUUUGUUGAAGAUGAAGAAGCAUUCAGUGGCUCGAUUCGCGACCGCUUUGACAACCUUGACGCAGACCAUGAUGGCCUCCUCUCCUAUUCAGAGAUGUUGAAAGAGCUGCAGACUCUAAGGGUCUUUGAAACCCAUUACGGCAUAGAUGUGAAGAUGGAUCCAGACGAGCUCAGUCGCAUAUACGAUUCACUUUUCGUUCAAUUUGAUCACGACUCAAAUGGAGCAGUUGAUUUGGAGGAAUUCAAGGCAGAGACCAAGCAGAUGAUGCUUGCCAUGGCCACGGGGCUUGGAUUCUUGCCCGUUCAGAUGGUUCUUGAAGAGGACAGUUUUCUGAAGAAGGCAGUCGAAAGGGAGUCCACCAAACUUGCUGCAUAAAUUGUUUGCUUAUGAUUUAACGUUACAGCUUAAGAGUUUUUCUGCUUGUGUGUUACCAGUUUGAAGCCAUUAAUACCCAAAAAAACGAGAUUGUUUUGUUCGCAAAAUUAGUAAGGAAUAUGAAGUGAGAUUUCUCCGAUAUAUUUUCAUUCAUGAUUAGUGAUUUGUCCAUAGAAGUUGUAGGAGAAUUCUUUUAAUUGUCAAAAUUUCCAAUACCCAUUUUAAGUGCAAAUGAGAUAUCUUG